ACCACGCGGCUUUCAAACUUGAACCAAUUGACGGGUGAUAAAUUAUGAUAAUAUCGGAGUUCAAAAACUAUUUAUAUAGCACCCUGGUCCUUGUUGAUGAACCAAGCACUCUCAAAUACAAAGAAAUUGAUUCGAUUUUAUGGAGCUAUUAAGAAAUCAUUUUGAAGGGUCCAGCUCUUUUUACCUUGUUUACAUUGAAGUUUUACUUCUCUUCUCAUGCUUCAACUUGCUUGGUUUAGCAACAGCAACUCAUGUGGUUAGAGGAAAUGAUACUGAUCAGCAAGCUUUAAUCCAGUUCAAAGCCAUGAUUACUGGCGAUCAGCUCAGAAUUAUGCACUCCUGGAAUAGUUCCAUUCACUUCUGUCGGUGGCAUGGUGUUACAUGCGGUCGCAAGCAUCGGAGAGUCACCAAAUUGGAACUGCAAUUCCUCAGACUCUCAGGACUCGUAUCGCCGUACAUUGGAAAUUUGAGCUUUCUAAGGGAGUUGAAUCUUACGGGAAACAACUUCCACGGCGAGAUUCCUCAAGAGAUUGGCCGUUUAAGAAGAUUGGAAAUAUUAGAAGUGGCCAAUAAUUCCAUCAGUGGUGAAAUUCCUUCCAAUUUAUCUGCUUGUUUUAAGCUUGAAAUAGUUGAAAUGGAAGGCAACCAGCUAACAGGAGAAAUACCUGCUUCGUUGGGUCUCUUGUCAAACCUGUACUUCUUGGGUUUUAGAAACAACUAUUUGAAAGGAAGUAUCCCACCUUCCUUGGGGAACAUGUCAUCCUUGGAGGAACUUGAUUUGACGAGUAAUGCAUUAAGUGGGAGUAUACCUAAGGCCCUUGAGCGCCUGACAAAUCUUUCAUAUUUCACGGUAGACGAUAAUGCAAUAUCAGGUAUUGUUCCAGUCACAAUCUUCAACCUAUCUAAUAUCAUACUCUUUUCCGCUGGAGGAAACAAGAUUCAAGGUACACUUCCUUCUGACUUAGCAAUCACUAUGCCAUAUGUUGAGUUCUUUUCUGUGUGGGGAAACCAAAUUUCUGGAGAAAUCCCUGCUUCAAUAUCCAAUGCCUCAAAUCUGAAUAUACUUCAACUUGAGGGCAACAGACUCAGUGGAAACGUGCCUUCGUUAGAGAAGCUGAAUAAUCUCUUUUCAUUUCUCAUAGACUCAAACCAUUUGGGACAUGGGGGAGAAGGUGACUUGCACUUUUUCUGCACUUUAGUUAAUAAUACCAAACUAGAACUCCUAGUUAUGGGCGACAAUAAUUUCGGUGGGGUAUUUCCUGAAUGCAUUAGCAAUUUUUCUAGCACCCUUACAGAUUUAGUAAUGCAAGAGAACAAAAUAAGGGGAAGAAUUCCAAAUGGCAUUGGAAAUCUCAUCAAUUUAGAAGUGCUGGGGGUAUCUCAAAAUCAACUAUCAGGACCUAUUCCCCUCGAUAUUGGCAGGCUUCAGAAGCUAAUGAUAUUUUCAGCGCAGAUUAAUUUUUUCUCUGGGAGUAUACCUCAUUCCAUUGGAAAUUUAACUGCAUUAACCAAACUUGCUUUGCAUGUAAACAAUCUCCAAGGCAACAUUCCUUCAAGUCUAGGUAAGUGCCAAAAUUUGCUUGAAUUGGGUCUUUCUUAUAACAAUCUUAGUGGACCAAUACCACCUCAAAUUCUUCGACUCUCAUCCAUGUCCAUUUCACUAGACUUAUCGUCCAACUAUUUGACUGGUGAGCUUCCCGUUGAAGUAGAAAAUCUGAAAAAACUAAGUGAAUUCUAUGCUUCCCAAAACAGGUUAUCUGGUUUGCUUCCGGACAACCUUGGUAGUUGUGUCAGUCUAGAAAAGCUUUUCUUGGAUGGCAAUUUGUUUGAAGGGCCCAUUCCGUCAUCUUUGAGUUCAUUGAAAGGACUCGAGGCAUUAGACGUAUCUAACAAUAAUCUUAUUGGUGGUGUUCCAGAUUUUCUUGUGAGCUUUGGGGCUUUAAAGUAUUUAAAUCUCUCUUUCAAUGAUUUUGAGGGAAUGGUACCAAGUGAAGGAAUCUUUAAGAAUGCAAGUGCUACAUUUGUCCAGGGAAACAAUAAGCUUUGUGGAGGCAUUCUUGAGUUACACUUGUUAAGAUGUAAAUGUAACUCAAGAACAUCAUCAUCAAAAACUCCUUCUAGAUUAAAAAUUGCAAUUAUUGUUUUGAUUUUAGGAGUGAUUUUGAUAUUCUCUUUUCUUCUCAUCAAGUGGUUUAGAAAGAAGAAAAAACAGCCAACAACAACCUCUGCAGGAAAUUCGUUUUUAUGGUUAUCUUACCAAAGCAUCCUAAGAGCUACUGACGGAUUUUCAAUGCAGAAUUUGGUUGGUUCUGGAAGUUAUGGUUCUGUAUAUAAAGGAAUUCUUGAACAGAGUGGAUCAGUUGUUGCAGUAAAAGUGCUUAAUCUUCUGAAUCAUCGAGCUUCGAGGAGUUUCUUGGUUGAAUGUGAGGCCUUGAAGAACAUUCGACAUCGAAAUCUUGUUAAGUUAUUAACAGCAAUUUCUGGUGUUGAUUAUCACGGAAAUGAUUUUAAAGCCUUGGUUUAUGAAUUUAUGGAAAAUGGAAGCUUAGAGGAUUGGCUACAUCCAUCUAUCGACAUGUGUGAAUCGGAGACAAUGAGAAACCUGAGCUUCUUCCAAAGAGUUAAUGUGGCCAUAGAUGUUGCCCAUGCACUGGAUUAUUUACAUCAUGGUUGUGAGACAUCAAUCAUUCAUUGUGACCUGAAGCCAAGCAAUAUUCUACUCGAUCAGGAAAUGGUUUCCCAUCUAAGUGACUUUGGUGUAGCAAAAAUCCUUUAUGCAGACGGACUUAACUAUUCUGCUAACCAUUCGAGCUCCCUUGGGGUAAGAGGAACUAUUGGUUAUGCUCCACCAGAAUAUGGAAUGGGAAGCGAGCUGUCAACAAAAGGUGAUGUGUAUAGUUAUGGUAUCCUCUUGUUAGUGAUGUUUACGGGGAAAAGACCGACCGACAAAAGGUUCAAAGAAGGUUUAAGCCUUCACAGGUAUGUUAAAGAAUCUUUGCCGGAACAAGUGAUUGAGAUAACAGAUCGCACUCUUCUUCAAGAAAGAGUCGGAAGAGGAACUCUCAAUGGAAACAGCCUGAGAAAUGACAAACACCUACAGUGCUUGAAUUCUAUAUUUGAAAUAGGUCUCACUUGUUCUUCUGAGCAACCGAGUGAGAGGAUUAACAUGAGUGAUGUUGUUAUCAAGCUUUGCUCCAUUAGAGACAAGCUUCAUCCAACACGAUUACGUCGACAGGUUCGAACGUAAAUAUAUUGUUUGAUCAACAGGUAUCUGAGGUGGCAUAUUGAUAACUUAAAAGGCUUAGGUCAGGCGAAGUGUAGGCUUAGAGCACUCUGCUUUGAGCAAAGAGAAUAAAUAUUGAAUAUUUACAGUUCUCCACCAAUAAUUUGUAUUAAUGUUCCAUUUAUCUGUGUAAUUUCCACCAC